AUGCCGGUACUCUGCUGCAAUGCUCGACGACGUAAGGAUAAAUCUGAAGCUAAUUCACCAGAUUCACAGUAUAAGAAGGGUUUAUUUGGCUUGAUGUUUGCAAAAAUUGAUGAAUUUGAAAGUUUAACACCGCUUAUGACCACACCAGAAUCCACUGAUGAUUCAACACCAUCAAAUAAGGUAUCGAUGAUACCUGUGGAUCAAAGUCCGCCAUUGCCAAGGAGACUUUCAGCCGGCAAAACAUUUAUUGUCCCUUUGGCAACAAGCAGAGGUUUUUUGGAAAGAUCACCUGCAGUUGCUGUAUUGGACCCACCGGAUGGAAGGGUCAAUUCUGGCGACGGUACCACAAAAAGUUGUGCAACAAUACCAGAAGACGAUGAAACAGCUUAUACACCAACAGAAGCAGUAAGAGUAGAUGGCGAUUUAAUUUCUAUUGAUCGGACAUCUGCAUCAUGCAUGGAAACCCGAACAAAUCGAUACUAUUCUAGGACAGCAAUACCAAUGCCGACUGCAACGCCAGCAUUUGAGAUACCAACACCUCUGUAUGCUCCACCGCCACCACCAGAUAGAUUUCGACCAAUGUUAUUUGUUAGAUCACCAAAAAAUUUUACUCGACGAGACUUUCAUCCAGUCGACACUAAUCCCAUCAUCAACAACAAUAAUGAUAUUAGUAAUAAUUAUUCAAAUAUGAGGAAAAGUUCAACCUGUGAUUCAAUCACCUCUUUUAGCAGUCCUGAUGAAUCGUCGUAUGGUACCAAUUCACCACUUGAUACUAGUAACUCAAUUAGUGACAAUGUCUAUUUCCCAGCAGACGCCGAUUUUGAGACCGAAACUAAACCAAAAUUUGUUGAAGAAGGUUAG